AUGGGUCCUGCAGCCAAUUCAGGCACCUGGGACUACCCAUACGCGGUUCAAUUCCCCUUCACGAUUGACAACCGCGUCUUUUUCUGUGGCCACAAGAUAAGCACCAACUUCUGGUUCAUUCAAGAACUUCUUGCAGACGGAAAAAUGGGAGCCCAGACUGAUUCUGGCCGUUGGAAUAAUGCCUAUCACAUAUUAUACCCCUUCUCAAUUGGCAAUCAGAACUACCUCUUUGGCCACAACUUGGAUACAAAGUAUUGGUUUAUCCAGGAACUACUUCCUGGAGGGAAGAUGGGCAGCGAGACUGAUCAAGGUCGUUGGGAAAAUCGUUACGCGGCUCAGUUUCCGUUCACAAUUGGCGGCACCCAGUACAUCUAUGGCCAAGAUAUUGGUAACCCUUUUAUGUCAUCUGAGGAAAAGCGUGAUCGAGAGGCGUAUGAAGCGGAGAGAACUAGUGCGGAAAACCAACCUGUGCUGCCACAUUCGCAACCGUCACGUCAUUGGUUUAUAAAGAAAAUCCUCCCCGAUGGUAAAUUGAGUGAUGAAACCGAUAGCGGUACCUGGAAUAGAACCUAUCAGGUGCAAUUUCCCUACACAAUUGACGACAAACAAUAUUUCUAUGGUCAGGAUCUGGGUACAAAGAAAUGGAUUAUCCAGUGUCUUGAUAUUGGUGGCAAAAUGGGAAGUGAGAUGCAGAAUGGUGUAUGGGAUGAUGCUCGGCAGGUACAGAUCCCUUUUACCGUGGGAGGAAAGCAGUACUACUAUGGGCAAGACUUGUCCUCGUGUAACUGGUUUAUCCAGCAGUUGAUGUAG